UGCAUUGACCCGUUCCGAUCGAGAGAGUAAAACACGGUUCGAGCUCGAAAACAGAGACGAAAUGGAAAGGGAAGAAUUCGCGUGGUGUUGACGACUCGUGUGCGCGUACAUGGGGGAUCGAAGCGUGUAAGGUGCGACACGUCCGGCAAAGUUCUGUUCCGUGGCCGAUCUGUCAAAGGCCAACACACACGGUGAACGAACCGCCGAGUAUCGAUCUAUCCGAGGAUCGCGUGUUCCGGGCAGUCCUCGAGUUUUCGAACCCUGCAACGGGAGAUCGAUUUUUCCGAAAGGACUUGCUGCUAACAGUCUCUCUCUUUCUGUCAGAGCUGCCACGAGACCCGCGAGGCACAUCGAUUAUAUUCUUCGGCCCCUGUAAACAACGAUACAUGCAAAGAGGAAGAGGAAGGAAUGCUUGGUAUCAUGGUGAAAAUGAGACAUGACUUUCGAUCACGGUGAGUCGGCCCGUAGCCGACCAAGCGUAUUCGUUAAACUUUGAACCGAAAACACUGUUCGAGCGAUGAUACCGCUGAUAUGUACCAGGUAACAGGGGAACGACAUCGACGUGGGUAGUCCUGUGUGUGUUGUGUGGGUUAGGAUUAUCCCCAGUGAAGAAGAUCCGACCGAGGUAGCAGUUUCAGUGUCUCGCCGUGUAGAAUAGUUGAUCGUGUCUUUAGAUAGCGGAUUCCGGCGCGUGGAUGUCGUUAGGAUCGGCUCGUGGGUGCGAGAAGGACAGAGGAAGUGAGACAAAGCGUACGAGAAACGGAGAGAAAGAGACGUGAAGAAGAAAAAAAAACGAGAGACGGAGAAAGAGCGAGAGAAAACCAGGGGGAAAAGAUGACUGACUGAAGAGAGAUUGGAAACGGACUAAAAGGUAUUUAGAAGAGAACGAAACCAAGAAAGAGGGAUUUUCGCGCGCGGACGGUGUCCUUCUGUGCGUUUCUGGAAUUUCACGUUUAUCUUUUGCGCGCGCGUUUUCUAGUGGAGUUCUGUCAGUGUUUGUCUGAAGGGUGAGUCCGGCAGGAAUACAACGCAAAAUGUGGAAUAUGAUGUGCGACGUGAUGCCGACGAUUGCGGAGGACAGUACUAGUCAACGGAGUUCCCAGUUCUCUGGCGAGGACGGGAACUUCGAGCAGCUGAUGGUCACGAUGCUCGACGAGAGGGACAAAUUGAUGGAGACGUUACAGGAGACCCAGGAACGUCUCCAGGAAACAGAGGCGCGCCUCCAGGAGAUCGAGAAGGAGCGGGACUCGUUGAAUCGUCAGCUGAACGCCAAUAUCCCUCAGGAGUUCUCCCAGCUGACGAAGGAACUCGAAGCGGCUCGUGAAGACUUUCUGGAAAGGGAGGAGGAAAUAUCGGAGCUGAAAGCUGAACGGAAUAAUACUCGCCUUCUGCUGGAACAUCUAGAAUGCCUGGUCUCGCGACACGAACGAGCGCUCAGGAUGACGGUGGUGAAGAGGCAAGCGGCCGCGCAAUCUGGAGUAUCGUCCGAGGCUGAAGUGCUUAAAGCUCUGAAAAGUCUGUUCGAGCACCACAAGGCUUUGGACGAGAAAGUACGGGACCGUCUGCGUGUAGCACAGGAGAGGAACAAGAGCCUAGAAGAGGAACUGGCCAGCACUAAAGAAGAGCUCCAGCAAUACAAAUUGAGCGGGCACGCGCCUAAGUCCGCCGAGGAUAGGCCGAAGGAGAACGGGCAAACGGAGGACGGCCAGCAACAGAACAAGAAUGAGACUGAGCACGCAGCAGGCCAGCAAGAACAGCAGCAACAACAACAACAAACGGUGCAGCAGCAGCAACAACAGCAACCUCAGCCGCAGUCGAUACAAAAACUAGGUACCGAGAGAUCAACAGAGAUCGGCAGUAGACUGAGCAAUGGCAGCCUGGACCCGGCGGACCAGGAUUCGGCGACACGAGUAAUAGAUUUGCAGGCCACUCUCGACAAACAGAGCUCAGAGUUGAGCACAUGGCAACGGCGAGUGGCAGAAUUAAUGGGACGGGUAGCCGAGUUAGAAGAGAAUCUAUCAAAGGCACAAAAGGAUCUCCUGAAGACUCAAGAGACAAAUGUAAAAUUAGACAGAGAUUUGCGUGAAAAUGUUGCCCAAAAAGAGGAUCAAGAAGAAAGAAUAGCAAUUCUUGAGAAACGGUACCUCAAUGCUCAACGAGAAUCUACUAGUUUGCAUGAUCUAAACGAAAAGUUGGAACAGGAGCUGCAACACAAGAAGGCCCAAUUAAAGCUCCAAGAGGAGAAAAUAGCAGCUAUACAGGAAAAACUGGAACUGGCAGAACAGAAAUUGGCUCAGUAUGCCAAACUGCCAGAAAUGGAAGAGCAAUUGAAGCAGAGGAUGGAGGCUCUGACGCAGGUGAGGAGGCCCAACCAGCAGGCUCAAGAGAGACACGGCAGCGCGGAGGACAGGAUACAAAGAUUAGAAGCGCAAUUAGAAGAGAAAAAUGCAGAAGUGAUGCGUGUAAAUCAACGACUUAAAAUGAAUGAGGAACAUAACACGCGGCUUAGUACAACAGUUGAUAAACUUUUAUCUGAGUCUAACGAAAGGCUACAAGUACAUCUAAAGGAAAGAAUGCACGCAUUGGAAGAGAAGAAUGCAUUAACUCAGGAACUUGAGAAGACAAGGAAAAUUGCCGAAGAUCUGCAGAAUGAAAAAACCGAAAUAGUGAAAGAGUUAGGAAAGGCUCGGCUUGAAAUCGACAGCGUGAAGAGGCAGAUGCUCCAACAAGAAAUUGCGUUUAAUAUCCAACAAACGGACGCUUUGACCAGAAGUUUAUCCCCCAAUGCAGUCGAUCCUGGAUCCUUCUCCAGAAGUGCGAGUCACAGUAGCUUCGAUACGCAUUCUCUGCCAAGGAGAACAGCGAAACGAUCUACAAUUGAAGAAGAGACAUCAAAAAAUUAUGUAGCCCGCACUCUAGCAGAACAGGAAUGGGAAAAACUGCAACAGGCUCAUGUCCUUGCCAAUGUACAGCAGGCGUUCGAUGUCUCCAGUGAUGCAGAAGGUGAUGACAACGAGAGCCUCUUCAGUUGUGCGGCUGAUGUAAUCAGUCCGACAGGACAUACGGAUGCUCAAACGUUAGCGCUAAUGUUACAGGAACAAUUAGAUGCAAUUAAUAAUGAAAUUAGACUGAUUCAGGAGGAGAAACAAAGUACCGAAGCACGUGCCGAAGAAUUGGAGUCUCGUGUCGGUAGUCUUGAACACAUGAAUUUGUUAGCAAGAGGACGAAGUCUUGAACGGGCAUCGCCACCGCUAAGCGGACGAUCUACACCGAAAUCGCAUCACAGUCCUAACAGGGAUUUCUUACACAAAUAUCACACCGCACCAGCAUCAAUGUCUCCAGCGCACCUCCACCAAUAUGCUGCCUCUUUAACUAGUCCAGGUCAACUUUCAGAAUCACUACCUACCAGCCAGUUACAGUUAUCAGGUGAAGAAUUACACUCGGUGAGCGAAAGAGACAGUACCGGUGGCGGUGGAAGUGGUGGCAGUGACGCGGCAUCGCCGUUAACUGCUCGAUCAAUUAGACUGGAACGCGUGGUACAGGCACUUGCUCAUAGUCAAGAGGAGCUUCGAAGGCGCACUGGACACACCGGAUUUCCCAGCAGUGGCUUUCCUGCUCACAGCAGGCAUGGGCAACAUAACAACGGCGCACUCAAUUCUGGGACUCCCCCUUCCCCAUUGUCCUCACGACACAGCAGCCAGGACAGUUUGCACAAGAACAACUUGUCUGGUGCCGGAUUGCCGAUUGGACAACUGUCUGGCUCGCAUUUGCACAUGCAAGCCACCAUGAGUCCUGCUACAGCGGCGGCGGUGGCUGCGGCUCAGAAGAAAAAGGGCAUCAAAAGCAGCUUGGGCAGAUUCUUUAGUAAGAAAGAAAAGAUUAAGGGAAAAGACACGCAAAUGCCUGGAGAUAUACCAGGAAUGGGAGGAAUGUGCACAUUUGCUGAUCCUGAUUAUGGCGACAGCGUAACCGUGGCUGGAACAAUGGGCAGCAAGAGCGACUUCGAUCGUAGGAAAAAGAAAAAUCCCAGCAUGUUCGGCAGCAUGCUAGAUUCGUCGCGUCAUGAACUGUUGGCAGAAGCAAUGAAAGCAGGAACACCGUUUGCUCUAUGGAAUGGGCCAACCGUAGUGGCCUGGCUCGAGCUUUGGGUGGGUAUGCCAACAUGGUAUGUCGCCGCGUGUCGAGCAAAUGUCAAAAGUGGUGCCAUCAUGAGUGCCCUUAGCGAUACCGAGAUACAACGUGAAAUUGGUAUAAGUAAUCCUCUCCAUCGAUUGAAGUUAAGAUUAGCUAUCCAAGAAAUGGUAUCAUUGACAAGUCCAUCAGCACCAAAAACCUCUCGCACAACUUUAGCAUUCGGAGAUAUGAACCACGAAUGGAUUGGUAAUGUUUGGCUCCCGAGUCUCGGGUUGCCGCAGUAUCGAUCCACUUUCAUGGAGUGCCUUGUUGACGCUAGAAUGUUGGAUCACCUCACUAAAAAGGACCUUCGUGGUCAGCUUAGAAUGGUCGAUAGUUUUCACAGAACUAGUUUGCAGUACGGGAUUUCCUGUUUGAAACGAUUAAAUUACGAUAGGCAACAAUUAGAAGAUAGAAGACGAAUGGCAGAAGGUGCCAAUGUCGAUGUUCUUGUGUGGAGUAAUGACCGCGUUAUAAGAUGGGUUCAAUCUAUCGGCCUGAAAGAAUAUGGGAACAACCUUUUGGAAUCUGGGGUACAUGGAGCUCUUAUAGCCCUUGAUGAUGGUUUCGAGGCAAAUAGCUUUGCCCUAGCGUUGCAAAUACCAACGCAAAACACACAAGCGCGACAACUGUUAGAAAUGGAAUUUGCGAAUUUACUAACUGUAGGAACAGAGAGGCGACUCGACGAAGCGAAUAGUAUGAAAUCCUGAUCCAACUUAUCAAGCAGGCUGCUUCAUCUUCAACCACAUCACGUCUAGUCCGAAACCCCAGCUAUUACUACUCUC